AUGUGGUCUUUUGCUAUAUUGGCUAUAAUAUUAAUGAUAACUAUUCCUGCUGGACUUUUUCCACAUGAUGAGAUUCAACUUGAAAUGACUAAAAAUAAACCAAUUGAUGUUAUAGGUUUAUGGACAAAUUGUGAUCCGGAAUAUCCUGAGCCUGCGUUACAGACAAUUGUCAAAG